GUUUUCAAUUUAAUACAAAUUUGUAUAUAUAUGACCUUAUUCGUUAAUCAUCUUCAUAGUUCACUUAUUUACUUUGUUCUUUACAAUACUUUCAUAUGGUCCGUAUUGGAUGAUUAUUUUUGUCAAAUCACUGUUAUCCGCUCAUAACUACAUAAAAAUUGGAGUUUUUAUUUAUUAACAUUUGAUUUUGAAAUUUAUUCAUAAAGCAACGACCAAUUUACUAUGCUGAAUACAGGGUAUGUUAACUAUUAUAUUAUGUAUUUAUUUUAUUUUAUAUUUAAAUUAUACAUUACGCUCGGUCGUGAUCAAUUAAUGAUUUUGUCAUGGGGAAAGGAUAAGGAUAAUUUUUAAAAAUUAUUAUUAGUUUUUUUUUAUGUAUUUUAAGAUAUAAUAUAAUAUACAGGAUGAUUUUUUAAGCAUGCUCAUCACAUUUGUAUGGCUGAAUUAUACAUAAAUUCUAAUUCUGUUUUUUGGAAAUUUUAAGUUCUGUGAACGACGAUAUUUUUUCACACUCAGAUUUUUCACAACAUUAAAUAUUGUGAAGUAAUUGUAUAGAAUUUCGUCUCUGGUAACCGAACAAUAUUAGUUUUUUAAAUGAAAAUCUGCAUGUCUUGGUGAAAAUUAGUAAUUUGUUUUUAACAUUUUUACGUAUUAGCUGGCCAUGCACGAGCUGUUUUUAUAACGGAUUUGGUCCGACAAAUCAAAUUCGUAUGACCUCGAUGGAUUAGUUCCGUCAGACUAAGUUCUCAUAUGCAAGGUUUAUAAAGAAUACAGGCUGCCUCAUACGGAAAUUUCAAAAAAAUAGGAGUGAGAGAACUGGUCCACUUACAUCAUUGUAGUAUCAACUAUUGUUUAACAACAUUGUAUUGUGUACAACGUAAACAUUUUCAUAUUUCCUUUUGUUUAACUUGAUUAAUUAUUUGAAUAUUCAUAUUUUUUUCAUCUUAUUUGCUUGUACGUUUUGUAUGAAUAUGGAAUAAAAUAUAUUAAAGCCAAAAGAUGGUUCAUGGUGUGCUAUUGCUACUUGCAGAAAUAACUAUAGGGAAACAAAAAAUGGUGACAGAUCCAAUAUAUCGUUUAUUAAUUUCACGGGUACAUAUGUAAAAUAUUUAUUAUUAUAUUAUAUACUUUCAUAUUUAUGUUAGUAUAAUACAUAUAUAGUGUGUAGUGUAUAGAGCAUACACUGUAUACUAUAAUAUAAUAAAUAUAUUAUGUUUAGAUUUAUAUUAAUAAUAAAUAAAAAGUUUAGUGAAGUCUAUUAAUUAUUAAAAUACAUUUAAAAGCUAUUUAGGCAAUUUAAAAUUAUUUUUACUAUCACUACACUCAGAAUCUAAAUAUGUCUCAGUACAUUUCAGCAGAUUUCAUUCUAAAGAUUUUGUGUACUAUCAAAUUACGUAAAUGGCAUAUUUAGUUUAAAAAAAAAGUAUGUGUUCAUAAAAAUAAUUAAAGACAAUUUAUAAGACAGAGCAUACAUUUAAAUUCCAAACAUAAUAAAUUAUUUGUUUGUUAUUUAUUUCAUAUUUGUACACGAUUCCUAGGCACGCCGCUAUAUUUCUCUGUAAUUGUAUACUACAAUGACGUCACUAGAUAAAGUAUGGUGUGUGGGUUUUGGUUUUGUUUAUAUGACUAUGAGGCAGGCACCUUGUAUUAUCUAUAAACCUUGCCUCACAUGUGCCCAUUAAUAUAAAAAAAAGUCUUCUUACCCUUUUAUCUUUUGUUUUUAAUUGUUUUUUCUAAACUAUGUUAUUAUGUGUAUGUUAAAUUAUUUUAUACUCGUAUAUUUAAAACAAACACGAGUUCGAAAAAAAAAGUUAAUACAAACUAUUAAAAAAUAAUAAUUGGAAUAUAAAAAAAAAUCGUAAACGAAUCAUUGUUAAGUAACUAUAUAAUAUUGUAUGGUAAUAAUAAAUAAUGAUAAAAGAAAAAUUAUUAUCAAUAAAUAAAAAUGUCUAAUUAAGGUCUGCCGGACCCGAUUUUUUUUUAAUUAGUGGAGAAGCGAGCUACUUGAUCUGUUAGACUAAAUCCGCCGGACCUGGUCCGAUUGUUAGUGGAGAAGCGAGAGACUUGAUCCAUUGGACUAAAUCUGCCGGAAUUUUUUUUAGCGGAUUAAAUCCUUGGACACUAUACACAUGGUAUGAUCUUUUAAAGGAUUUAAUCCGCAACAGACCAAUUCCGUCAAAAUAUCCUCUCGUGUAUGGUCACCUAAUGCACUUAAUCGAAAUUUGAACGAAUUGUUUUUCGAGUUUUUCUGCUUUAAUUAAAUACUAAGGAUAAUAGUAUUUUAUGGAGAUUGGAUUCCAACUGUUUCAUGUGUAUAGAUUAAUUUUUGUUUUGAAUCGAGCAAUUAUUAUUCUUUAAUAGUUAUAGUAGAAUAACUCAGACUUUUUCCGUUCAAAUUUCGAUUAAAAUACGUUAAAAAGCAAAUUAUCUAAUAGAUAAAUUGCAUUAAAACAUGUAGGUUCUCUAGGAUUUUAUUAGAAAAACUAGAUUUGGUAUUGUCACAGACAGUGCCGGCGCUAGAGAAGGACAAAUAGGACAUAAGUAUAGGACGCUGUAUAUUAUUAUAUUGGUACACAAUUAUUAUGAUUAUAUUAAAGCAUUGCCCAGGGUCAAGCAAAAACCUAGGGGUAGCACUGGUCAAAGGAAUAGGAUACUCCUAGUGUUGUGAAAAAUCUAAGGAACCUAUUCGAAAAUAUUAUUUUUCAUUUCACUACACUUAAAAAUUUCAAAUAUCAGAAAUUGAAUUUAUGCACAAUUUAACCAUAAAAAUGAGCACUGGGGAUGCUUAAAAAUUACAUUAUUAUAAAUAAUUAAAAAAAAUUAUUUAAAGGGGGAUACCUCCCCCUAUCCACCGUUUGAUCGCCCCUAAAUAUACUUAACUUUAAAUACGUAUUAUUUAGAGAAUUGUCUGGAUUGACUUUGUUCAUUACUGGAGGUAGUCGUGGAAUUGGUAAAGCAAUAGCCCUGAAAGCGGCUAGAGAUGGUGCUAAUAUUGUUAUUGCUGCUAAAACUGCGGAACCCCAUCCAAAAUUACCUGGAACUAUCUACACCGCUGCGAAAGAAAGUAAUAAUAAAGCAUAGUUAUAAAUAAGGCAAAGUGACAUUUAAUCAAAUUGUUACCCCCCGCCCAGUGGCACCCACCACCCGUUGAAAUAACUGAAAGGCGGCCUCCUCUCGAUCACUCCCUUCGCCUUGCCACUGACUGAAGAAUUUAUUAUCUAUGCCUGCAUCGAUAUUAUUGAUGUUACAUACCUAUUAUUUGAUAUAACUAAUCAUCACAAACAAUUUGUGUUUCUGCUAAAACGCCAAAAAAAAAAAACUUUUUUUCACACAAUUUUUCAAAUUUUGGUAUUUUUAACUGGUGGUGCUAAAUUAAAGUUUGGCAAAAACGCUUGCAAAUUUAACUGGAGGUUCAUUAUAAGUUGUACUUUGUGGUAAAAAAAGAAAAGUAUACUCUAUUUCAUAUUAAUUUGGAAAAACUCGCGCACGCAUAAAUGCCGAACAGUGUACAAAAACUACAAAAAAAUUAUGUAAAAAUAUAAAAAUAUGACGUUAAAGAACAAAAAAAGAGCUGAUACUGGGAAUGGGAGCGGUCACUGAUGUAAGUGAGAAGUUGGGAAAGUAGGAUACACAAGGUUAUUUCAUUUAUAUCUGUAAGUAACGAUACACCAUUACUUGACGAAAGUCGAUUCCCAGUGCAGUUCGGUAAUACAUUAUUUGAAGUGCCGUCAUUUUUUUGCGAUUUUCGUUUAAAUUUGAUUUAAAAUUACUUAUUAAAAAAAAAAAGUCGUCCAAUGGUUUUGGAAAUUUUACGUAUAGGUAAGUCCAAUAUAAUUAUCAAGUUUCAAAUCUAUACGUGUAUUUAUAACCGAAUUACAGCAAAAAAAUUAAAAUUCCAUAAAGCUCAAAAGUGGCUCAAAAGUUUUAUAAAUAAUACCAUAGAAAAUUAAAUCAAAAAGGCAACAAAAAAGGUAUCUUGUGACUUUUUGAUUAAAUCAUUUUUUCUGGUAAAAAACAUCGUCCGUGUUUUUAUAAAUUAAUUAAAUCGUAAAAUUGUACGUUUUCCUAAGUUUUUUCUCACCCAAGUAUAAUAAUCAAAAAAUGAUUAUUAUAUUCUGACUCAAGGAAACAUGGAAUUAAUUUUUAGCUAAGAUGGCAUUUUAUAGAAUCAAGAGAAAAAAAAUACAAAAGUCAUUAACAUCCUAUCUCUAAUAAUAUAACUUGACAUGCAAUUUAACUGUAAAACAUGAAGUUAAAAUUAUUAAAACUAAAAUGUUACGUGAAUUGUUUAAAAUAAUAGCAUAUUAAUACGUAUAUUAUAAGAUGUAAUUGUAAUGCAAUAUGUAUCAUAAUAUCCCAUUAAAAUUUGCUGAUUCAUUUGAUAUAUUAAUAAAAUGGAUCAUUAAAAUAUUAUGCUUCAUUCUAUGUAUUAUAAUAUCUAAUUUUAGAUUCUGUGCAUAGUGAUUUUUAAUAUGAUGUGUACGAGUUUUUCAUUAGAUUCUGAGUGGAGUGAAGAAACUUAUGGUUUUACAAAGAUGUUCAUUUUUUUUUUCUUGUGUACAAUAAUUCUACUAGAAAUCUUGUUCAGAUAUAUACGCGUGACACCAUUUCUGAAAGGGGAUGUUUUCCAGAUAGUACUUUUGAGAGGUCAUUUUUGUGAUUUUUUAAUCGGUUUUCAUAAUAACUAGGAAAAAUCGGGAUAAAAUAUCGGAAAAUGGAAAAUGUACGAAAUGUAGGUAUUAGUAAAAAAAUAUUAUGGUCUUUUUUUUCUGUGUACAACUUUUCUACCUGCAAUUUUGCUCCAAUGAUAGCAAUUUUUCCGAAAGGAAAUCUGACUGGGAAGGUAUUUUAGGGAUUUAAUUUUUUAGAUUUCCCCAGAAGUUUUCCCAAUUAAUGGGAAAAUCGUGAAAAACGGUAAAAUGUACAAAAUUUAUUAGUAAAAUAUUCCGAUUUUUUUUCUGUUGACAUCUUUCCUACCAGCAAUUUUCCUCCGAUGUCCAAUGAUAGUACUUUUUCUAAAAGGAUACUGACUGGGGAGACAUUUUCGAUUUUCUCAGUAGUAUCUCAACAAAAGUGAAACCCCCCCCCCCAAAAAAAAAACUGGAAAAUGUACGAAAAGUAGGUAUGAAUUGAAAACAGUGACGUGGCGUGUAUAAAAGCAGUGUAAGCAAUGCUUACACUUUCAGUUUUAAAACGUUAUGGGUAGAUGAACAAAUUAAAAUUCAUCGAUCAAAGUCAAAUAAUAUAACAAUUAAAUUGAAACAUAUUAUUGUAUUAUUAUUCAUUAUUCAUUAUUAUUCAUUUUUUUUAGCGAUAUUAUUUUCAUAUUUUUAUAUAUGUAUUAUUGUUAUUUGUUAUUUGGUAACCUAGAAAUAACAUUGUUAUUGUUUGUUUCCUGCGUUUCGGACGUCAGUUGCAUUGUAUAUUAUGUAUAGAUCUUAAUCCGUGCCGAAUAUAUUCUGUAAAAUUUCCCUGAAAAUAUCCUAUAAAUAUGAGAAAUAAUAUUACGUCAGAUGUGUGUGUAAGCGAUUCCAAUUCCCUUUCUUGUUUUACAUAUAGACUGCUACAGUAAAGUUUAUAGUAUAUCUAAAAGUAAUGACAUUAGAAUUAGUAUAAGGGGUGGUGACAUAUAAGCGAUUAUCAAAUGUGUUAUACGACCAAUCAUAAUGGUUUUAAAUUUUAAUCGACAUCAUUAUAUUAUAUUAAUUUUACUUAUAGCAUUGGUACGUCACUGGGACUUUUAUCGGAUGAUAAUCUAUAUAAUUAGUAUUUAAUCAUAGAUAAUCCAUUAUUUAAAUAUUUUUUUUAUAAUUUUUAUAUUUACGAUUAUUUUAUAAUGAUGAUAAAAAUAAUAAUUUUACUAUUUGUGAGUGUGGUAAACAAGAUAAAAAUAUGAGCAAUUAUAAUUUGCUUUUGCACAUAGCUUCGUGUGUUGUGCUAAAGUCAAAACAAAUGAAUAAAAAUGUAAGGAGCUAUUUAGUAUUUUUAAAAAACGUCCAUAUUUUUAUAUUUAUUUUACUUAAUCGACAUUUGGAUUAUAAAAAUGUAUAUUUAAAUUAUACGAAUCCUUUUUAGAUCGUUAAAUUAGUUAAAUUCAUUUUUUUUUUUUUAGUUGGUGUAAGUUAAUAAAUAUAUAUAUUUUUUUAUUUUCCUUAUAUAAUUUAGGAGGAAGGGUUUAAGAAUUUAGCUAGGCGCGAUUUUUUAAUAAAUAAAUAGGAAGGGGAAGUAGUAUAUAUAAUGAUUAAAUACAUAACCUCGUUGACUACCUAGAUCAUUUACUACAUCCUAUAAUAAUAGGAAACAAAUACGAAAUGCAAAUUUUAUAAUUAUAUACAUACUACUUGGAUGGAAUUUCUUCAAUAAAUAAUAGGUAACAAUAUUGAAGCAAAAUACCAGUAGAAUGACGGUAAUUUAUUGACGCAGAGAAAAAACACAGGAAAAAGAGCAAAAUACGUCUCGGCUCAAGGGCUCUGGGCUAAUCGCUGGAUAAUUAGGCCGGGGUAUAAGAAGAAAAAAUGGAAGAGUGUGUGUGUUGACAUCUGGUCGUCAAUAUUAUAUAUACAUUAAAUAUUAAUUAUCGUGUAUAAAUCGACUUAAUAACUAGGUGAAAAAACUAAUGGUAUUAUAUAAUACAAAUAUGUACUGAUAUAAUAUAAUAUUAUGAUAUCGGUAAUAUAAUAUAAUAUAACUAACUAAUUACUCGCAAGAAGAUCAAAGACAACAUUGUAUAAAGUUUUAAUUAGACCUAUAGCAUUAUACGCGUGUGAGACGUGGGCAACCACAAAAAUGGAUGAGAAGAAUUUGGGUGUUUUGGAGAGAAAAAUACUUCGGAAAAUUUUUGGACCAAAAAAGAAUGAAGGAGGUGAAUUUGAAAUUAGGACAAAUGAGGAGUUAAGAGAAUUAUUUGUAGAAGCCGAUAUUAUAGGAAUUAUGAAGAGUAGCAGAAUAAGAUGGGCUGGUCAUGUUUGGAGAUCUGAAGGAGUACUGGGGAGCAUAACAAAAUGGAAACCAAACACAAAACGGCCUCGAGGAAGACCCAGACAACGGUUGGCUGAUAGAGUCAAGGAUGACCUCAGGAUGAUUGGUGUGGAAAAUGCGGAGGAAAUGUCAAGAGACAGGGAAAAAUGGAAGGAUGUUGUUGUUGCAGUAAUGGACCUUAAUGGUCUUUAAGACGCCUAAAAAAAAAAAAAAAUAACUAACUAAUACAUAUUAAAAAUUAAAAUUAUGAUAUAUNUAACAUAAUAAAAAAUGAAAAGAUUAAUAUAUCAAAUAAUAGUAAUAAUAAUAAUGAUAAUGAUAAUAAUAAUAAAAAUACAUUCAAUGUUUAAUAAAAUAAUUAACUAUUUCCCGAAGACAUUAAAAUAUUUAUGGGGUCAUAUGACGUAAACUUUUUAGAUGAAUGAGGAAUAUAAAAUAAAUGAUUGUUACGAGUGUGGUGGCUAUUAACUUUGAAAUUUAAUUGACUUAAUAUAAAUGAAUCAUCAAUAUCAUUAUUUAGUAAUUUGGUGAGGAACGUACUGUAUGAUAAGUGUCUCCGUGCAUUUAAGGAAUCUAGGUUUAACAGUUUUAAAAUAUUAUCGUAGCCAGAGUGAGGAGUUCGUUGAAUAUUACAUGUAUGACAUAAAAAUCUGAGGGCCUUAUUUUGAACUUUAACAAGUUGAUCAUUAUGUCCUACAUUGUUAUGAUUCCAAAUUAUUGGAGCGUAUUCUAAUAAAGAACGGACUAGUGAGGUAUAAAGGCAUUUGAGAGCAAGUGGGUCACGAAAAUCGGAGUAGUUUCUUUUUAUCAUACCAAAUACAGAUAAAGCUUUAUUUUUAAUCGCUGAUACAUGAUCAUUGAAUAAUAGUUUGGAAUCAAAUAAAAUCCCUAAAUCUUUAAAUAAUGACGAACGAUGUAGGUUAAUUUCACAUAUAUGAUAAUUAAAAUGUAAGGGAUUGUGCUUUUUGGAGUAGGUAACAAUUUGGCAUUUAUUAAUAUUUAAUGAAAGACUAUUUGAAAUGCACCAUUCGUUAAAUGAAGCUAAAUCACUUUGAAGGAGUUCAAUAUCAUCGGGGGAAGUAAUAGAUUUGUAAAUUUUUGCAUCGUCGGCAAAUAAUAAAAUGUUGGAGUGUGAAAUGGAUGAUACAGCAUCAUUUAUAAACAAAUUAAAAAGGAGAGGGGAAAGGUGAUCGCCUUGAGGGACACCAGAAAUUACGUUUAUAGGUGUCGAUAUAAAGUUUUUAUAUUUGACAAAUUGAAUUCUUUGACUUAGGAAUGAGUUAAACCAUGAUAAUAGAGGAUUGGCAAAGCCGAUUUCCUGUAGUUUACUGAUUAAUAAAGAGUGGUUUACUCUAUCAAAGGCUUUUUCAAAAUCUGUAUAAACGACAUCUGUUUGUUGAUUAUUAGAAAAAGAUUUAAUUAUAUGAUGUUUAAUAGUUAUUAAAUUGGUAAGACAUGACUUUUUAUUGCGAAAUCCAUGUUGUUGUGGUGCUAAAAUAUGUUUAAAUAUGGGUGUGAGCUUAUUAUUUAUUAUUUUAGAAAAUAUUUUAGGGAGAAUAGAAAUUAUAUUGUUUAUAUCAUUACAGUUAUACAGUAACGUUUUAUUAUAAUUGUAUAUUAUGUUUCUAUGAAAUACUAUUCCGAUUCAUACAACCCUAUUCAAUAUUUUCUGAUUUAAUAUGAUUCCGUUUAUGUAUUUUCCUAUGAAAUACUGUUCUGAUAUUACCCUUAUACAUCUAGACGGAACAUUUACCCCGAUGACCUGGAAGGUGUGGUGGGUCCGAACGGAUCAAGAGAGAUAGGCUAAUAUAAAGCUUAGUGUGAAAAAGAGCAAAUUUGCCUCUAAGAAUGGUCAAUUAAAACACUUCAUUUAUUAUCUCAACCUACCUUCCCAACUUUCCAUCUAAAACAAUGACAUACCAUCAGCAGUAUCUGUUCUUUUUUUCUGUCUAUAGAACUAUUUUUUACCAGAAAUCUUGCUCUAAUUAAAACACGACAAGAGAACUUUUUUGUUGCAUCUUAUAUUAUUACUAGCAUUUUAUUUAUACUAAAUAACUUAUACAAAUAUAUGAAUUAUGUGUUUAGUUGAAGAAGCGGGAGGAAAGUGUUUACCUUGUGUAGUUGACGUAAGAGAAGAAAGUCAAGUAGCCGAUGCUAUUAAUAAAGCAGUAAGUAAAUUUGGAGGUAUCGAUAUCGUUAUAAAUAAUGCAAGUGCAAUUUCAUUAACUACAACUUUAGACACUGAUAUGAAAAGAUAUGAUCUUAUGCAUAACAUCAAUACAAGAGGAACAUUUUUAGUGUAAUAUUUCACUUACCUAUUUAUAUUUAAGAAUUUUGUUUUGAUGUAUAUUUUUUUAUAGAUCAAAAAUGUGUGUACCCCAUUUAAGAAAAAGCAAACACGCUCAUAUUUUAAAUAUAAGUCCUCCAUUAAAUAUGAACCCUAAUUGGUUUUGUGACCAUGUUGCUUAUACAAUGGCCAAAUAUGGAAUGUCAAUGUGUGUUUUAGGAAUGUCUGCUGAGCUUAAAGCAGAUAAUAUUGCUGUAAAUGCUUUAUGGCCAAGAACUGGUAAGUCGUACCUACAUAAUUAAUAAUAUUACAAUUGUCCCAAUUUUAACAGUAUAAAGAAAAUCUAUGGAAUUAUUAAAUAGUUAAUUUUCUAUACUAAUAAAAUAAGGUCUCUGUUUGUAUGUAUAAGAUCUACAGUUGAAUAUAUAGUUAGUAUUUUAAAGUAAACGUUUUAAAUUUAAAUAAUAGUAAAAACCGUGAAAUUCGUGGCUUUUCAAAAUAUGUUUAACAAUGAUUCGCUUUAAAUCAUUUUAUUUUAUUUGAAACUAUACAGGCUGAACCCAAUUAUAGAAUUGAGAACAACAUAUUAACAUAUAAAAUAUAAAAACAACAAAUAAAUAGAAUUCCAGUUUAUGUACUGAAAAGCGAAAGCAACAAUAGGUAAAUCAUUGCAAUCAAAAAAUGAUUAUGAGUGGAGAUCAUUAAACUGUUAUAACUAGCAAGAUUCAUAUUUAUAUACCUAGGAUCUAUGACCUAGGUAAUCAGAUAUUAGAUAGACAGAUUCUAUUAUUAAAAGAAACGAAUCAAAGGAGCGAAAAUCUUAAUUUUUUUUCAUGCAGAAAAGAAUUUCGUACCUCCUUAUUCCUCUCUUAUAAAAAGGUAUUCGUUCCGUGUACCGUUUCUUUUGGAACUUGUUUCUUCCAAAUACUCAAUACUCUGCACAUCUGUUAAUAAUAUUAGCUUUUUAUUUAUUUAUUUAUUUCUACAGUAAUUUACACUGCUGCUGUUGAAAUGUUAUCUGGUGCUGGAAAUGCAAAAAAAUUAUCUCGUAAACCAGAAAUUAUGGCAGAUGCAGCUUAUGCUAUACUCUGUAGAUCAGUUAAAAACUGCACUGGUCAAUUUUUAAUUGAUGAUGAAGUGUUACAGCAAGAAGGUAUCACCGAUAUGAGUCAAUAUUUGAAUGACCCAAGUAAGUAGGAAAGUAAUCGAUAAAAGUUACUUGGCCGUGUUUUUAAUUAUUAAUUAGGUAUAAAUAUGAUUUAUAAUUUUGUGGGUGAUGAAUGUUGUAUUUUUUCUAGUGAAAAAGAGAUCAUAGAUGUACAUAACUUUUAAAUUGAUGAGGACGUUAUACCCGUAUCUACUAUCUCAGUCCAACUACCGGGUAACGUGCAAAAACAAUGCUUACGUAGAAUAAGUAAAACUAGCUUAAUUUUGAUUUUAGAGUUAAAGUAAUUAUUAUUAAAUUUAUAGAAAACAUUAUUUUUGAAGGAAUGUCUCAUAGGGUUUUUAUAUUAUUCAAAAUAUACAGCUCGAUAUAAAAGAUACAAAAACCUUUCUUUUUCAAAUUACUGUAACUUUUUUAAUGGUUCAUAAUUCAAAAAACACCAAUGGCGUUUCCUAUAAAAUAUCAGUCUCUAUAAAUUUCAUAGUAAAUGUUUAUUCAUAAACCAAAAUUAAGCUAGUUUUACUUAGUUUACGUAAGUAUUGUUUUUGUAUGUUACCCGGUAAUUUGACUGAGACAGUAGAUGCAAGUAUAACAUUCUCUUAAAUACCUAUACCCUUGGGACUUGGAUAUACAUCAGUGUUAUUAAUUGAUAUUCAUCCAAUCGGGAUGGGAUCAGUUGUUCCUUUAUACGCCUAUUAGAAAAAAAAAACAUUGAGCAUAUCAACAAAUAUUCCGAUAUUGAUUCGUCUGGAGCUUUCGGCUACCUCCUUUCGAUCGCUUCGUGAGCACCAUCCAUGUUUACCCCUUCCGAUCGACCUCAUAAUACCACGAAACAAUUGCAAAUCGAGUUUCGCUUAUUGCAGAUCUUUCUUUUUAUAUUUUUACGAAUUUUUCAAUUAUAUUAUCUACUGUACCUAAUUUAUCGUUGGUUUAAUAUGCUAUUUACAAAUGAACUUUAUAUUACCCAUCAUAAGCAAUAGAAACUCAUGCGUUUACAAAAGUUUAUCACAGUUUCCAAAUUCAUGAGGGCUAUGCCCCUAACACAUUCUAAUAUCUCACUAAGUAAUAUUUUGCUAUUAUUAAGUACUACAUGAUAAGUAAAAAUAAAGAUUUAGUAGUUUAUAGGACGAAACCAAAAUCAAGAAGAAAAAGACGUCCUAGGAUAAUGAGGACGAACAUUUUUUCUGUAUGGUACUUUAAGGUCAUUUUUUGAUUUUCCAAGUAGUUUUUAUAAUAUCUACCUAACCUAUAACAGGAAAAUUUACGAAAAUAAUGAUUUUAUUAUUUCCAAUUAUGAUUUUUGUUGUAAUUUUUUUGCCUGCAGUUUAAAUGUUUAAAAAAAAAGGGUGCCAAAAUAAACAUCAUCAUAAAACAAGUUAUAAUUCCUUGUUCUCUUCAGAAUCUCAAAAUUAAGUAUUUUAUAGAAAAUAUGACUGUAUCAUGAAAUUUGAAAAACUACAUAUUUAAAAAAUGUUUAACACUACUCUGCUCAUAAUCGUUUGUAAUUAUUUAUUAUUACAUACUGUAAUGAACUAAAUUACCCUAAAUAUUACAGUAGUGUAUUUGAGAAUUGGAGCAAUAGGGGCAUUCACUCUUUCCAUAAAUUAAUUUGUAUAAGUAUUUGCUAUAUAUAUAUAUAAAAUAAUUAAAUCUGCUACCAGAAACCUCUUUUGAAAUUAAAUGUUUAGCAUUAUUUCUGUUAGAAAAGUAUCAUCAGACACGAAAAUGAAAAUAUUUUAUGCUAAGAUCAAAAGGGUAGAGUCUAACUGUGGUACGCGUACCACUGAUGGUACGUGGUAGGAAACAUAGUGGUACACAGAAGUUUAGGUUAGGUAACAACAUAGUACAGUACAGCAAAUAAAUUAAUCAAUAUUUAUUUGUACAAAUAUUUUUUAUUAGAUUUAAUACUAUAAUUUAUAUAAAUAUUGUGUAUUGAAGCAUAGGCGAGCACCGGAAUUUUGUAUGGGGUGCGCCAUAAAGAAAAUUGGGUCUCUUCUCCUUUUAUGAGCCAUAUCAAAUUUACCCUAACCCUGCCUCCUAAAAAAAGGAUAAAUUUAAUGUAAAAUAUCAAUUCAUAAAAACUCAUAUUGGUUAGUACAUAUUGGUGUUUCACAACAUUUUAUAUUUUUCAACGAAUAGAUAGUUAUUAAAAAAAAGACGUCCUACGAUAAUGAAGACGGGUGCAGCCACUGUUAGAGGUAGUUUAAUGUAUACCUGUAAGCAACAAUAAACCAUAACUUACGAAAAAACGAUUCUGAACGUAGUUCAGUUGAUAGUGAUGAUUAGUCAACAAUAUAUAUGCUAUAUUAUAGCAAAAUAAUUAAAUGGCUCUACAUAUUUUUUUUAAUAAUAUUUGUUUAAUGUUGAACCGAUUUCCCCAUGUUUUUUCUCAGUUUUUCACAUUUGUUGAGAAAACUCCGGGAAAAUCGAAAAACGACCUCUCUAAAGUAGGUAACUCCACAGUGAAAUUUCUUUUCAAAAAAAUUACUAUCAUUAAAUGUUGGAGCAAAAUUCUUGGUAGAAAAGUUGUCUACAGAAAAAAUAUUAUACAAAUAUAUUUCGUACAUUUUCCCGUUAUUUUUCGAUUUUUUGCAUUUGAUGAGAAAAUCACAAAACGACCUCUUUGAGGUACCUCCCCACACCGAUUUUCUUUCAGAAAAGGUACUACACGUAAAAAUCGGAGCAAGUCCUCUGGUAGAAAAGUUGUCCACAGAUAAAACAAACAAAAUAAAUAUCUUUGUAAAACCAUAAGCUCCUUCGCUCCAUUCAGAAUUUAAAAUAAGUCUAUGAAAUCACUAAACGUGCUAUAAAUAGCAUAUUGGACAAGUAGCCUAUUAUUAGAUGUAUAAAUGAAAUACAAAUGUAUUUAAACAAAUAUUUAGUAAAUUUCUCCUUCAAUUUUAUAUUUAUAAUUAAAAAUUAUUUAUUUAUUACUAUGGUACUAAUGGUUUUAUUUCAGCAUAUAAAGGUGAUUUAUUGAUGGAUUUCUUUUUGGGUGAAAAUUCUCAUGAUGGUUUCAAUGCAGGAAAAGAAGUAGCUAAAAAAAAAUUGAGAGGCGAUAUUCAUAAACAAAUAUUUACUAAAAUUAAUGCAUUUCUGACUCCAGAAGAAGUAAAAGAAACAAACACAUGUUUUUUAUUUAUUGUAAAAGGUUAUUAAAAUUUUAAUUACUUAUAGAAAAUGUAUAUUUUAACAUUUAAUUAACUAAUGUAUACAGUUUUAGCUAAUAUAAUUUAAUAGUUCAAUAAAUACAAAAUUAUACUAACUAAAAUUUUCUUAUUCAUUGAUAUCUGUAUUUUUUUUUUUUUAUUACAAGUUGGUAUUAUAUUUUUAGGAAAUGAAGGUAGAACAUAUUACAUAGAUCUGACUGGAGAUGGAUCAGCUGGUGAAGGAAAACCCACAGCAAAACCUGAUGCUACAUUAAUAAUGGAGCCUAAUAGUCUUCAAGAAUUAUUUGAUGGUUAGUUUUAUUGUUUAAUAGUUUAAGUUUAGACUAAAUAAAAGUAGGUAUCAUAGGUACAAUGUUGAUUCAUAUUUUACUAUUUUCACUUAUCUUGUACACCUUAAUCAAUGUUAUAGCUCUACUUGCCACAUAUUGAUAUUUGUUUAAUUGUUUAAAUGCUUAAUAUUUGUUUUUAAUUGAUACAAUAUCUAUGGAUAGCUAUAAUGUUGAUUUAGGAUGAUAUAUGCAAUGAGCAUAAUGGUACUUAAAUUGUAUCAAAGUGCUGUUAUUUAAUUUUUUUAAUAUUUCUAAUCUUGUAUAAUUUUUCAAAUUUAUAGGAAUUUUAAAAAUAGAUGAUGUCUAUAUGUCUGGUGAACUUAAAAGUGCUAUUCAACUGAAGAAAUGAAUAAAUAAAAUAAGAAAGAAUUAAAACUUUAAUAUUAGUUUUAAGGCUCUACAUUUUUAGUAUAUACUACACAAUAUAAAAAUAUAGGUAUAGAAAUAUUAAUAGCAUAUGUGUAUAAUCAUGUUUUCUAAAUUUUUAUGAAGGUACCUAAUGUUUA